ACGCGCUCCGCGGCCGCCGCGUACAGCAGCAGUGCAAUCGCACCUUGGAGAAGUUCGCCAUUUCGCCCGGCAACGCUGAGCGUUCAGUAUGGCGGCUCCCAUGGCUUCAGCCGCCGCGAACAGCCAAGACGAUGACGACGAAGUCGUGCAAGAGCUGGAUGUGUACAUAUCAAAGGCUCUGGCCAACAACCUCUACCUCCUGCAAUACCCACACCGGCCGGUCGGCCGCUCCUACAACGAGGAACGCUGUGUUGCAGCCAGAGUCAAGCCGAAACAACAAAAGGUGGAGCUAGAGUUCGCCCUAGACACACGAGAUUCCAGCUAUGACCGGCUGCGGGGUGAACAGCUCGCCGCCAAUGCAGAUGGUGGCGGUGACAGGGCCGCCGAUCAAAAGCCGAUUUUCAAAAGCUCCGUGAUGGACAAGCAGCUGCUGACCUCGACGAAGUCAACCACCUCUGCCGAGACCUAUGCCGUCGGAAUUCUCAGGCCAGGAGAACUUCAUCUGUCCCCUCUCAGCGCCAUCCUGCAGAUGACACCAUCGUUUCCUUACCUGGACCAGUCGGACAAGAAGGCCAAAGCAGCUGAAGCAGCCAUGGAAGAGGACGAAGAGGUCGACGAGCCGAAGGCGGUCACCGUGCGGUUCGCGAACCAGGAGACGGACCGUGCCAAGCGGGCCCGCGAGAAGUCAUUCCGUUUCAUCCACCAGAAGCAGGAAAGCGAGCCAUGGGUGGAAGCAACGUUUCACAACUUUGGGACUGAGAUGUCCGGCGUGGAGCGGGCAAUGCUCAUCUGCCCGCAGAUGGACCGGGACGAGUCUGAGCUUCCGAAGACUCUUCCGGACUACUUCAAGGACCUCGUUGUUGACGACACCAACACGAAAACUUCUGCCAAAGGCUCGCGGGAGUUCUCCAUGCACACGCUCGGCAAACUGCCAAUCCAAGACCAGAUCAAGGCCAUUCUCAUGAGUGCCAAGGUUACCAACUUUGCAAAGCUCAUGUCAGCACUGCCGCCGAAGUCGGAUCCAACAUCUGUUGUGCGGUUUCUGCAGCAGGUGGCACUGCUCGUGCAAGGCUGCUGGGUCGUCAAGAGUGACGUCCUCUAUCCAAAGGACAACUUCAGCCCCAAGACUGGCGUUCCGGCCGAGACGAUGUGCCGAGCACGCGACUUUUUGAUGUUCCUCUACACACAGUCAAGGUUCGUCACGCAGACCAAGUUUGCCGACACCGUGAGGCUGCCCGUGAUAGACGUCAAAACCCUCCUGGAGGAGAUGGCAAAGCCAACCCCGAACGGCUGGGAGUUCAUGCUGUCUUACGACCGAGACUUUGUGUCAAAGUAUCCAGAUGUGGUGCAGAGGCAGCAGAUGCUUUGGGAUGCCAAGCAGCAGUUUCUUUCAAAGUCAUUCCGCCUCUCGCGUCAGGAGGCCCAAGAUACGUUGAUGCAGUCACCACCUGCCGGCACGAAAGGGCGACAGCAGAAGAGGCGGGUGCGUUCGCGCAAUGACUCGACAGCCAGUGAUGGCAGUGGUUCGGACACUGGCACAAUGACCAACGGGCAGGAAGCGCCUUCCAAGGUCAGCAGUUCCGGGCCGUCAAAAACUGCUGGCCCUGCCAAGAAGCUGAGCAAGAUGUCGAGAACACCCAACACAUCAUCGGCAAAGGCAGCUCACUGACAAGUAUUAGCCAUGAUCAUGUAGCUUCACAAUGCCGUCACGGUUUGUACAAACAUACGGGCUAACCUGCAUCAUCAGUAUCAUCCACAGGAGUGUAAUAUUUUCUUAUUUAUUGAGCGGUUUUCGUUUCGGCAACGAGAACUCGGCCACUGUUUUCAAGAAAAGCAUCUCUCCGGGGAAGCGUGCCAUCCCAGUGACGUUGGAGAGUGAGGGGGG